UACACGUAGGCACUCGCCAUGGCGGCUCAUGCAAGCGAGCUCGAGAUUGCAAAGAAGAAUUUAACUGAUGCAAUUGGCGAUAAUGUCAAACACUACUGGGCAAACCUUAAGCUGUGGUUCAAACAAAAAAUCAGCAAGGAGGAGUUUGACAUUGAGGCUCGUCGUCUGUUGCCACAGGAGAACGUCCAUGUUCACAACGACUUCCUUCUGGCCAUUCUCACACGCUGCCAACUAAUUGUUUCCACACCAGAAGGUGCAGGGCAACUACAGUGGCAGGGUGGCUCUGCUUCAAAGCCUGGAAAACCAAAGGGGAAGAAAAAAUGUUCCUCCAGACAAAAGUUUGAUCAUCGUUUCCAGCCACAGAACCCUCUGAGCGCAGCCCAGCCUUUCAGCCCUCGGGAGGUGGGAGGUGAGGAGGAGGAGCUGCGUCUAAGUGCCCAUACUCUGCUAUUGCCGACGCGGGGCCAGCUGGAGGCCCGCAUGAUGGUGAUGGCCUUUGAGCUGGGCCUGGAUAACAUCACAGAUGAUGCCGUUGGCAGCACGAUCUACGCUGUUGAGCACCACUUGAAAGACGUCCUAACUGCUGUCAUCAGCCGGCGGAAGUCUUACAGGUUACGAGAUGGUCGCUUCCCGUAUGCCUUUGGGAGUGAUGUCACACCGCAGCCGUAUCUGAAAAACAGCCUUGCUGCUUACCACAAUGUUACUGAAGGUCCCCCUCCAAGUGCUUCGCUCGGCUCUGGCCCACCACCUCAAGUGUCACCCGAUGAGGCCGAGCAACAAGCUGUUCACUUAUUGGCUUGUUCCGCUGACACUCUUCCCGCUCCCCUCCCUCCAAUCAACAUGUUUGAUCUCCUGGAGGCUUUACAGGUUCACCACGGUGUCAUGCCCUCCCACACGAUGUAUGCCCUGAACAUGGAGCGCAUCCUGUCACGGCUCUGGCACCCCAGCCAUGAAGAACUAGAGCAGGACCAAGUCCACCGGCAGCGUCUCGCUGCCAAAGAGGGCGUGCUCGUCAGCUGAGAACCACUCAUGCUGGACUGUAUAUGAACCAAACACAAAUAUAAUCCCCAACAUGGAAAUAGAUUGAGACUUGUGUGUCUAUAAAAACUGAAUACCCUUUUCACAAUACCUGGAAAAUCACAUCCGUGUUGCACAAAGAGAAAAGUACGAGUGGCGCAAGAUAACACAACACUGUUGGACAGUGGACAGAGUUGGACCUGCACUCCAGCCAACAGCUGGAAUAUUUGUUGUCUGUUCCACCGGUCAUUUCGGCCGUCAACAAACCAUCACAUCAUUUGUAACGUUAUUUAGUAAGAACCCUGUUUGUUGGUAAAAUAUUGAAAGUGUUUAAUUUGAGGCGAUACCAGCAGAUGAAGCACUGGAAAAGAAAAAAUAAGUUCUUAUUGGGUCAGGUUGCACCACAGUGUGAAUGUUCUAAAGCUUUCACGUCUCUGCUCUUGAAUAUGUUUGUGUAGCAUUUAGUUCAGAUUGACUGUAUACAUUUGUAACUUCUUUUUUUUCCUACACAAAACUUGUUUUAUAAUUUCUAUUCCAGACUGUAGUUUCGUAAAAAUAAAUGUAAAAAAUGUUCAAGCGCA